CUGGGCCUAAGUGUUAUCUCCUCAGUCAUUCGUCGCACCUGCUCCAAGGGUAUAUAACACUGAGUCAGAAACACUGUGAGCCGGUGGAAUUUUGUUUCUCUACCCGCUUGGAGAGGGAAAAAGGAAUCCAUUCAUCUUCAGGGAAAAAAAGGGACUGAUUUUACAAGCACAGCCUAGGUCUGAGUUCUAGCCACCGCCCAGUUGUGUGAUCUUAGCCAAGUUCCCUUCUAGGUUUGCGCUGUGGUGAGAUUUCAUUCUCUACAUUUAAAGAACAUCCUUUCUGAGCUGCUGUGAAUAAAUUUGCAGUGAUACUGUAUAUCUUCAUCUAAUGGAGAAUUAGCUGUACCUUGAAUAAAGACUGUGGACAACUUGAUAAUAUUACAAUGUCAUCGGACUGGAGCCAGAAUCCCAGUGAACCGAGUCAUCUUGGCAUUGACGAGCUCUGGGAUAACAUCAGAGCAGGAAUCCAGCAAGUGUAUGCCAGACAAAGUAUGGUGAAAUCCAGAUACAUAGAACUCUACACUCUUCUUUAUAACCACUGUUUAUAUGUGUCCCCUCAAGUCCAGACUCAAUCAAAAAAGGAGCAGAAGCUGAGGGAAGAUGAGAAUGUUGGCUUCGAAUUAUACAAACGAAUUAAAGAAUUUUUGAAGAAUCACUUGACAAAUCUUCCUAAGGACGGAGAAGAUUUGAUGGAUAUAGGAAUAGUGAAGUUCUAUACUCAACAAUGGGAAGAUUACCAGUUUUCGAGCAAAGUGCUGAAUGGGAUUUGUGCCCGCCUCAAUAAACAUUUACUUAAUAGCACAAAUAAUGAAGGACACAAUGUUUGUGAGAUAUAUUCUCUCGCAAUGGUGACUUGGAGAGAUUGUCUUUUCAGGCCAUUGAAUAAACAAGUCACAAAUGCUGUUUUAAAACUGAUUGAAAAGGAAAGAAAUGGUGAAUCCAUCAAUACAAGACUGAUAAGUGGUGCUAUCCAGUCUUACAUGGAACUGGGGGUGAAUGAAGAUGAUCAGUUUGAGGCGGGCCCUAUGCUAACAGUGUACAAAGAAGCCUUUGAAUCUCAGUUCUUGGCUGACACAGAGAGAUAUUAUACCAGAAAGAGUACUGAAUUGUUGCAGCAGAACCCAGUUACUGAAUAUAUGAAAAAGGUGGAGGUUCUUUUGCUGGAGGAGCGGCGGAGGGCCCGGGCCUACCUUCACCAGAGCACCAAGGGCAAGCUAGCCAGGAAAUGCAGGCAGGUGCUCGUGGAGAAACACUUGGAGAUUUUCCUCACAGAAUUCCAGAAUUUACUGAACGCCAACAAAAGUGAAGAUUUGGCUCGCAUGUAUAGGCUCAUAUAUAGAAUCAAGAAUGGCCUAGGAGAAUUUAAAAAACUCCUGGAGACACACAUUCAUAAUCAGGGUCUUUCAGCAAUUGAGGAGUGUGGAGAAGCUGCUUUAAAUGACCCCAGAAUGUAUGUAGAGAUAGUGUUGAAUAUCCAUAAAAAAUACAAUGCCCUGGUGAGAUCAGCAUUCAGGAACCAUGCUGACUUCAUGGCUGCACUGGACAAGGCUUGCAGUGGAUUCAUAAACAACAAUGCAGUUACCAAAAUGGCUCAGUCACCCAGUAAAUCCCCCGAGUUGCUGGCUCGAUACUGUGAUUCCUUGUUGAAGAAGAGUUCCAAGAACCCAGAAGAAGCAGAACUAGAAGACACACUUAACCAUGUGAUGACAGUCUUCAAAUAUAUGGACGACAAAGAUGUGGUUCAGAAGUUCUACACGAAAAUGCUGGCCAAAAGGCUUGUCCGUCAGAACAGUGCGAGUGACGAUGCUGAAGCAAGCAUGAUCUCUAAGUUAAAGCAAGCUUGUGGUUUUGACUAUACCUCCAAACUUCAGCGGAUGUUUCAAGACAUUGGUGUAAGCAAAGCUUUGAAUGCACAGUUCAAAAAGCACCUGAUGGAAUCAGAGCCUUUGGACUUAGAUUUCAGUAUUCAUGUUCUGAGUUACGGAUGGUGGCCCUUUGAGGCAUCUUGUACAGUUCUCUUGCCAUCAGAGCUGGAACCAUGUUAUCGGCGCUUCACAGCAUUUUAUGCCAGCUGUUACAGUGACAGAAAAUUGUCAUGGGCAUAUGAGCUGUCUGAAGGAGAAUUAGUAACAAACUACUUCAAAAACAACUACACUUUGCAUGCAUCUACAUUCCAGAUGGCCAUCCUGCUCCAGUACAACACGGAAGAUGCUUACACCGUUCAACAGCUGACGGACAGCACUCAGAUCAAAAUGGACAUUGUGGCACAAGUCUUACAGAUUUUAUUGAAGUUUAAGUUACUGGUUUUGGAAGACAAAAGUGCAAAUGUUGAUGAGGUGGAAUUGAAACCAGACACCUUAAUAAAAUUACAUUUUGGUUAUAAAAGUAAGAAAUUAAGGGUUAAUAUCAGCUUGCCAAUGAAAAUUGAACAGAAGCGGGAACAAGAAACCAUGUACAAAAACAUUGAGGAAGAUCGCAAACUGCUGAUCCAGGCGGCUAUUGUGAGAAUAAUGAAAAUGAGGAAGGUUGUAAAACACCAGCAGUUACUCGGAGAAGUAACGACUCAGUUGUCCUCAGUAUUCAAGCCUCAGAUCUCAGUGAUUAAGAAAUGUAUUGACAUUCUGAUUGAGAAAGAGUAUUUGGAGCGAGUGGGUGAUGAAAAGGACACCUACAGUUACCUGGCUUAACCCUCCUGGAAGGGUCUGACUGCGGGCACAGCCCCUCGUCCCCUUAGGAAGGAGGGACACAAGCUCACAGUGGUGGCAGAGUCACUCCGACCUCUCCUUGGCCCCAGGUCCAGGUACCCAUCGCUGGCUCCGGAUGGAGAACUGCUUAGAAUUACCACACCUCACAUCUGUAAAUAUGGACGCUGAUGCCAUUUAACCUAAUUGAAGACCAGAAGAGAGGAAACUUGCCACCCUGAGGGCUGCAUGCUUUUGCAUCCAGAUCAACCCAUUGGCCACAUGAAUAAUAGCUGCUAGCUGGGCAGCCCCUUGGAGGCUGACAGCACCUUGAGAGCAGGUCUGAAUGGACCCACUUGUAAUCUGUUAUGAAAAACCAUUUGUCUAUGUGCUUCUUUUUUUUAACUGUGGAAAUAAAGAAAAUUAAAGGGAAAAAAAA